CAGAAACGAAGAACGGGAAUUAUCCGCUUUCUCGCUCCGUGCCAUUCCCCUCUCCGGUUAGGGUUCUCUCCCGAUCGCCCGUCGAAGGUCUCGACUAGAUUGGAGCCGAUUCCCCCCUCUGCCAUGUCCUGAUUCGUCGAGCAUAAGGUUUGCCGAAAGACUGGUUUCCUUAUUUGAUCGAGUCCGUCGAGAUCUUUGGCGACAUGGCCGACGCCUUGUCGUUGAUCCCCGCCAACGUCUUCCGCAACCUCGCAGACAAGCUCUACGAAAAGCGGAAGAAUGCUGCUCUCGAGAUCGAAGGGAUCAUCAAACAGUUCGCACUUUCUGGGGAGCAUGAUAAGAUUUCGGCUGUGAUCAACCUGUUGACCUCGGAAUUUGCUGGCUCGCCGCAGGCAAACCAUAGGAAGGGCGGGUUAAUAGGGCUUGCAGCGGCUACUGUUGGUUUGGGAACAGAUGCUGCUCAGCAUCUGGAGAAAAUUGUACCACCAGUUCUUAAAUCUUUUGUUGAUCAAGACAGCAGAGUUCGAUAUUAUGCUUGUGAAGCAUUGUAUAAUAUUGCAAAGGUUGUUAGAGGAGAUUUUAUUGUAUUUUUCAAUAAGAUAUUUGAUGCACUUUGUAAGCUUUCAGCAGACUCUGAUCCUAGUGUGCAGAGUGCAGCUCAUCUUUUAGAUCGUCUCAUAAAGGAUAUUGUGACUGAGAGUGAUCAAUUCAGCAUAGAAGAAUUUAUACCACUACUAAGGGAGCGCAUGAAUGUACUCAAUCCUUACGUCCGACAAUUUUUGGUUGGAUGGAUAACUGUGUUGGAUAGUGUUCCAGAUAUUGACAUGCUUGGCUUUCUGCCAGAUUUCCUUGAUGGUUUGUUCAACAUGUUAAGUGACUCCAGCCAUGAAAUACGACAACAAGCAGAUUCUGCACUAUCUGAGUUUCUUCAAGAAAUAAAAAAUUCUCCUAAUGUUGACUAUGGACGAAUGGCUGAAAUAUUAGUCCAGAGGGCUAGUUCUCCAGAUGAAUUUACUCGAUUGACAGCUAUCACAUGGAUAAAUGAGUUUGUAAAACUUGGUCGAGAGCAGCUUGUGCCUUACUAUGCAGAAAUUCUAGGGGCUAUAUUACCCUGCAUAUCUGACAAGGAGGAAAAGAUAAGAGUGGUUGCUCGUGAAACCAAUGAGGAGCUUCGUGGCAUCCAUGCUAAUCCAGCUGAUGGAUUCAAUAUAGAUGCAAUUCUCUCGAUUGCUAGGAGAGAACUAACGAAUGAAUGGGAGGCAACUCGAAUUGAAGCAUUACAAUGGAUCUCAAAGCUUUUGGUUCGGCAUAGAAAUGAGGUUAUUUCAUACUUGAAUUGCACCUUUGACUCUCUUAUGAAUGCUCUUUCAGAUUCUUCAAACAGGGUUGUACUUUUGGUACUUGAAGUUCAUGCUUGCAUAGCAGAAGAUCCUCAACAUUUUUGUCGUCUGAUUGAACUUCUAGUUCGCAAAUUUCAAAGAGACCGUGCCCUUCUUGAAAGGCGUGGGGCUUUGAUUGUACGAAGACUUUGUGUUCUUUUGGAUGCAGAGCGAGUUUACCGCCAAUUUUCUUUGAAUCUAGAGCAUGAAACUGACUUGGGCUUUGCAUCCGUUAUGGUUCAGGCAUUGAACUUAAUUUUAUUAACUUCAUCGGAAUUGGCGGACUUACGGGCCCUUGUUAAGCAAUCAUUGGUGAAUUCUUCAGGCAAGGACCUAUUCAUCUCGUUGUAUUCUUCUUGGUGCCAUUCGCCUAUGGCUACAAUUAGUUUGUGCCUACUAGCUCAGGCAUACAAUCAUGCCAGUUCUGUGAUUCAGUCACUGUGUGAAGAAGACAUAAAUGCAAAGUUUUUGGUUCAACUGGACAAGUUAAUCCGGUUGCUGGAGACCCCAAUUUUUGCUUACAUCAGAUUGCAGCUUCUCGAGCCUGGAAAACAUACAUGGCUAUUGAAGACUCUGUAUGGUCUUUUAAUGUUGUUGCCUCAGCAAAGUGCAGCAUUCAAGAUACUGAGGACCCGUCUAAAAACUGUACCAUCGUACACUCUUGGUGCUGAACAACUAAAGCGCACAUCAUCAGAAAAUCCAUAUUCCCAGAUUCUACAAGUAACAGAGGACAGUAGAACUCAAUAUACUACAAUUGACUUCCAAUCGAAGUUGCAAAAAUUUGAGCAAAUGCAGCAUAGGCAUCGGUUGCAUUCUAGAUCACAGCUACAAUCUCCUAAUUUGUCUAGCUCCACUAUGUCACAGGAAAUACAGAUAUCUGAAGAAUCACGUGAAUCUUCCCCUCAGCCGGAGAUCAUGCAACAUCCUUCAGGACCAACAUGGAAUGUCCCGGGGCAGCUAAGAACAUGAUCAUUGCAUUCUAAUCUGCUCCAAGCUGUAUGACGUUGACCACAGCAUCUAAGUCGUACCACCACAAUAAGAUGGAAUCGCAUCAAAGAAGUCAUCUGGGUUAGAAGUUGUAUAUCCUUUUAUUUUUAUGUAUAAGCUCAUCCUGUUGGGAUACGGCGGGAAUCGAGAUAAACAAGAUAUGCCUGGCAGGUAAGUAAGCUUUAAUUCUUUCUUGCUUAUGCAGUAUCCGCUCAUGUGGUUCUGUAAUUUUUUUCUGAAGACCAUGUGAGUUGUGGGAAGCAUUUGGGUGAGUUUCAGUUCUUUGAACUUUAAAGUCAAGUGACCAGUUUGAAUAAAACAGUCAAAUUGUACAUUGUAGUGUUUCCCUCAUGGAAAUUCUAGUCAUUGUCAUUAUAAUUA